CGCCUCCGGGCCUUUGUGGGGCCGGGCAGGUGCGGUGGCUGUUGGUGCCAGCGUGGGUCGCGCUGUCUGCUGCGCUUUGGCUGUUGGGCGCUCGCUCUCUCUCCCUCUGCUCAGCCUCGGCCCCUUCUUCCUUCCGCAAGGCCCUGCAGGCGGUUUGAAAUUUACCGCAGUCUCUCACUCGACUUCUCGAUGUGGCCGGAGUGAGGCAAGGAAGGAGCCUGAAGUGAUUCCGGGAUCUACGUGCCCCUCACACCCCUGGAAGCGGUGGAGGGAAGAGUGAAACAAUUCCCCCCUCCCUCCUGAAGCGUCCCGGUUCUGCGGCAGGCUGGCCCGCAGAUUCAGAGAAUAAAAAUGGGAACUCCUGGAUCAGGACGGAAGAGAACUCCAGUGAAAGACAGAUUUUCUGCAGAAGAUGAAGCUCUAAGCAACAUUGCCAGAGAGGUUCAGCUUCUUUUAAGAAAACAAGCAAAGUCCCUAAGAAUUCCAUCCUCAUGGAUAUUGUCUUUGUAGAUGCUAGGUGACCUAUUAUUUUGUUGUGGUGAAAGUCACGGAACUGACUGUGUCACCUCCUGGAAGAAGAACAUUGUCUUGCUACCUCUGUAUUUGCAAUAAAAUAAACCAGUCAAAGUGAAUACUGCUGUAAGGCAGAAGCCAGACUUGCAGCAAAACGGGCAGCUCGAGCAGAAGCAAGAGAUAUACGUAUGAGAGAGCUGGAGCGACAGCAAAAAGAGGAAGAUGCAGAGAGGGCCAGAUACUCUCACCAGUCCAGUCGACAUUCACAAUUGUGUUCCUCAGAUGUCAGCGCAUCUCACAGGAGCAGAGCAAGUACCUCCAAAAGGAGAGCUCUUUUGCUGGAAGAAAAGAGUGAAAAAUCACAUUCAGAAAUAUUUUCAAGGCCCUCAUCUCGCAAUUCAGUAAGUGCAGCUCCUCAGAGUGGCAACUCAUCUAGGAGAGGAAGUGGAGAUGCAAGUAGUUUGGUGGAUCCUGAUGCCUCCCUCAGUGAAUUACGGGAUAUCUAUGAUCUUAAGGACCAGAUACAUGAUGUAGAAGGGAGAUACAUGCAGGGACUUAAAGAAUUAAAGGAUUCACUAGCUGAAGUUGAAGAGAAGUACAAGAAAGCUAUGGUUUCCAAUGCUCAACUAGACAACGAGAAAAACAACUUGAUUUACCAAGUGGAUACUUUAAAGGAUGUUAUUGAGGAGAAAGAAGAACAGAUAGCAGAGUUCUGUAGGGAGAAUGAAAAGAAGUCAAAGGAAUUGGAAAGACAGAAACACAACUGCAGUGUUUUGCAGCAUAAGCUGGAUGAACUUAAAGAGGGCCUUCGACAGAGAGAUGAAUUGAUAGAGGCGAAUCAACGUAUGCAGGAGACUAUAGACUCCAUAACCAAAGAAAUGUUUGAUCUCCAGAAGACAAAUAAUUGGAAAGAUAAAAAAAUUGGGGCCCUAGAAAGACAGAAAGAUUACUUUGACUGCAUUAAGAAUGAGCGAGAUGAGCUCAGAGAGGAGUUGGCUGACCUGAAGGAAACAAUGAAGAGAGGAAAGAAACAUGGAUUAGUUAUAAUUCCAGAUGGCACACCAAAUGGUGAUUUAAACCAUGAAUCAGUGGUUGGUACAAUAACAGUUGUAUCACAGGAAGCUGCUCAGGUCUUGGAAUCUGCAGGAGAAGGACCACUAGAUAUCAGGCUACGAAAACUGGCUGGAGAAAAGGAGGAAUUACUGUCCCAGGUUAGAAAACUGAAGAUGCAGUUAGAAGAAGAACGACAGAAAUACUCUAAAAGUGAUAGCAUGAAUCCAGAUACAAUAGACUUGGAGAAUGGCUCUGACUUGCAGCUAAUUGAAAUGCAAAGAGAUGCCAACAGACAAAUUAGUGAAUACAAAUUUAAGCUUUCAAAAGCUGAACAAGAUAUAACUACUUUGGAACAAAAUAUUGGACGACUUGAGGGACAGGUUGCAAGGUAUAAAAAUGCAGCAGAAAAUGCAGAAAAAGUAGAAGAUGAACUCAAAGCUGAAAAAAGGAAGCUUCAGCGAGAGUUAAGAACAGCACUGGAUAAGAUAGAAGAAAUGGAGAUGACCAAUAGCCAUUUAAUGAAAAGGCUGGAGAAGAUGAAGGCAAAUAGGACUGCGCUUUUAUCUCAACAGUGAAAUGGAAAUUGAAAAUACAAUGCACUGCUCCUUGAAUAACUAGUCCCUAGCUUGUUUAUAAAUACAGACUUUCAGUGGCACAAACUAUUUGAACACUGAGCUAUUCACUGGUGGUUUAGUUGCAUAAUUAAAUGACAUACUUUUUGUAAUUUAUGAGAGAAUGAAAUGUAAUUUGAAUUCUGAUGUGAAUGGCAGCAAUUUUUCAGUACUGUUUGAUUCUAGAGUCAAAGAUGGAGCACAAUGCUGUAUGUUUUUACAACUGUGGAAUCAAGUUUACUCACAAUCUCUUUUGGCUGCUUUAAUGAUGCUUGAUGCUCAGAGACAGCUGCAUGAAUUCAAGACACUGUUAUGAAACUAACACAUACUUGCCUAAGACAUCACACAACACAAGUGCCUUUUGUCUGGUGCCAUUUAGUCUUCAUUGUUGAAAUAACCUUUGAAACCAGAAAGCAUUUUAUUUUAAGAUACAUUUGGGGUAUUCCCCAAACUUUAUACAUUUUGAAAAUACAUUUUAAAAAAUAUUUAAAUUUAUAAGAAAAAAUAGGGACUGUUUGUAAAGAUCGGCUUCUUUUGCAUGGGCACGUAUGACUUCUGUGUAAUUUUGUCAAAUACUAGCCCCUGAUACUCUUAGCUUUAAGAGUGCAAAUUUAAAAACUGAAGUUGUAUGCCAUCAAAUUGUGUCAUCUGCUUAAGUGCGAAUUGAAAUUUUAUGGGGGGAAGAAGGGGGUGAGAAAUGUGGCUAAGGAGUUUAUUAAAUGGACACUUUACUGACCAAAACUGGAUGUUUUGUGUUUUCUUUUGAAUAUGGAGAUGCUAACAGGACAGAGCAAAAUCAGUAGAAUAGUAAGAUCUGAUCUUCAUAUUCUUAACAAGUAUCUUUCUGCCUUUGAAAGAGUGAGUUUGAAUUGUUUUUUCUUAACCUAGUCUGCUACUAUUUGACAAUACUGCCGUGGAGAAGAAGAGCUGCACAAGGAAAAAAGUAUUUUCUGGAAUGGUGUGGUUUUUUGUCUGUAGCAUACUCCCUGUAGACAGUGAAUACUGUUAAGAACUUUGAGCUGGCACAUCACAAUUAGGACAUCAGUAGCCCCUGCAGUGGCAAUUCUGAAGUGUUUGAAGUGGCACUGCCUCUGUGUUGAACUUUUCAUGAGGCCAGCAGGAGCCUUGAUCUGAGAGGAAUCAUACUUUUGGACUUGUAGCAGGUAUUUUCUGCUUUGAAAUUGCUGCUCUUCUGGGAGUAUUUCUCAAAACAAGGCAGGUUUCAAGACCUUUGCAAUCCUGAAAAUACCUCUGCUUCACCAGAACUGUUUUCAAAGAACAGCCAUCUUGACUAUGCAAAACUAAAGCUUUUUGACUCUGGAUGUCUCCUGGACUUGGAAAAUAAAAUUCCUUCCUUGUUGAGAUACCUUGUAAGUAGCAGGUCUGC